UGGCCAUAGAAUCCAUUCUAAUAACCUGAAACCUAUCAAUCCAGCCAGAAUCACUCCCAAAAACACCGAAUUCGUGAAGAUAAACUUUGAUUGGCAGUGAUGGGCUCAUUCCACUGUGUCGGGUCGACGCUGUGAUUGAAUGAACAUAAGGAAUCCCACCAUAUAAGCCCAUCGCCAGCCCUUUUGUUCCCAAUUCCCUGUGUUUCCCGGUUUUCUUUGUGAACGGUUGCUCGAAAAGCCCACAGCCUUUCCCCAAGCUCUCCUGCGUUUCUCAGCUACAGUCCUCCAAGUUUUUACGCUUCGUCAACCCUCAAAACCACCCUUGUACCCAGUUACAACGAUGAUCCAGUUUCUCAACAACCCUCCUCGUCAAUCAGGGCUGGAUGCGAGGCAUCACAAUUCAGAUGGACCCGAACAAUGGAGUCAGUGGUCUGGCCGAAAACAUUAUUCACUCGAAGUAAUCCAGCAUCCACUCAGAGCUCGUAUGUGUGGGUUUGGAGAUAAAGAUCGAAGACCACUCGCACCAGCGGCAGUUGCAAAAAUGAUCGUUCAACGAGAUGAUAAUAGUCUUGUAGACGUGGACGAUGUGGAUUGCUCCUUUUUUGUGGUUACCGUCGACUUAUGGUCAGCAGAUGGGAAACAGGAAAUGAAUCUCGUUCUGCAUCCAUCUUCUGCCGACCGAUACAUACCUACCCACACCGCCAAACCUCGUCGGAGGGGAACCAGCAGUUCUGCGCCGCAGCGUGGUUCUGGUCAUCAUACACCGUCAUCCAGGUCGACACCUACACCUUCUCAUUACCGUUCUGGUGAUAAUGCAAGUGGAAACACCGCCUCUAACUCACAGUAUACGCCCGAUAGCAGUAAUCAAGGUUAUUAUACUCCUCAGAACUCAGCAGCCGCGGAGAACAAUUCUACUUGGAGUUAUUCUACUUCGCAAGUUAACCGGAACACCCCGUAUCCUCCACCUAUUCUACCUUCCUUGAGUUUCCGUACAGAUACAGCUGUUGAAGGAACAACAACCUCCACCGAUUCUUGGAAUGAAUCGGACUUGUCCUAUCUAUCUCAACUGGAAGGGUUCCCUGACCAAGCCAUAGACCCAGCUCUUCGUUCAUCGAGUACUGGUCGCGAUUCUUCCGACUGGCCUGCUCGGCAAUCACAGAAUUAUUCUAGUGAUGGAUUUAUGCCUCCUCAGUACGACAACACGUCGGUGUAUGCCCAAUACCCUCAACAAACUGUACAUCAAGCAUAUUAUCAAACACCUAACUCCUCACAGGAUCCUCCUCCACCUCCACCCUCUCACCCAAUGUCGCUCCCUCGCCAUACAUACACCCGCACCCUGGUUGGACCCCUGUCAGCAAACGCAACUCGGCUUCUAGAUGAACACCGGAAGCCUGGGAUUUUCUUCCUCUUCCAGGAUUUGUCUGUGCGAACAGAAGGUUUGUUUGCUUUCAAACACACUGCUUAUCACUGCGACCACCAAAACACUGAUUUAUGGAACAUCUGACUAACGAGCGUUUUUCAUAGGCACUUUCCGGCUAAGGAUGCGGUUGAUGAAUGUUGGGGCGUAAGUUCGGUGCCUGGUAUUGUCGCCCUGUCUUAUGAGACCUCUUUUGUAGACCUCCAGCUCCUGAGCUGGGUGCCACUCGAAUUCACACCGAUGUAUCUCCUGUCCUAGCGCAGACAUUCACGGAACCCUUCACUGUGUAUUCAGCGAAACGUUUUCCAGGAGUACCAGGUAUGUUUAAUUCAAAACACGCUGCGGGUGCAAUCUAUCGACUUUAUCGUACUUCUAAUUUACCUAAAACUUUCCCGUAGAUACCACUGCGCUUUCUAUCGCUUUUGGUAAUCAGGGACAGAAACUACCACUGCGCAACCGCAAUGCAUCGGGAGGAAAGCGUCGUCGUCGAGGUGGUUCUGGAUCUGAAGACGACUCUGAUGGAGCGUAGUCUCGAGUUGUGGAUACUCAGUCCUGCUAGACACUAGAGAGGAGACACCCGUUUCUUGGUUUUUCUUGAGCCCAUAUAUUAUCCCCACAUCUUGCGAGUGUUCCUAGCUUC